CACGCAUUUUGACAACUCUACCCACAGCCAUUCACCGCGGAUGAAUCGUAAACGUCGCGCUUCUCGCUCUGAGGAGCAUUCUAUCGGGACUCCGAAGAAGAAACACUCCUCUGAGCGACACCACUCAAUUUUUGCGCGUCUUUUUUCAUCCUGUGAGCGUAUCGUUGCUGACGCUUGGUCUUUCCUCUCAACACAAAGUACGCGUCGAAAAGCAAUGACUUUUCACCCAGCUGAUAACCCAAUUGAAAUUACUGAGGAUACUUACGACGAAUCUUUUGAAAAUGCGGAAAUUGAGGAUUCAAAAGUUUAUGAAAAAUCGCUUUCACCAAGCUCCCGGCACCCAACUUCUUCCCUGUACCAUAAUAAAAGUGCUGGCGGGUUUAAUGAUUUUUUUAAUGAAAACGAAAAUGCACCCAGUCUUGAUGAGAGAAAUGACUACACGAAUCCAAACGACAGCACCAAUAAGGACUAUCCUAAAAACAGUUCCAUUCGGCCAGUCGUUCCAAAACCACAUCGGACACUAAAUCCUCCAACUACCCGCGAACGUCUAUUCUUUGCUCUUCAACGGAGAAGAGAAUCCAUGAGCAGACGAGAGAGUCUAAGUCCGAUGAUUGAAGACGAAAUACGAACCCCUUCCAAGCAAAGCCGGCCAAAGGAAGCAGCUGAGGUCAGCCUCACUCCUGAGCUACCCUUCACCGAGAGGUUUAAGACUUCGUUGACGCUGCGUGCUUCCAUGCCUGGUCUCCAAGCCUCUCGGCGGCAGUCCGUUUUGCCUGAGGAAAACUCGCUUUUGUCUCUUAUUCAUCGGCUUAAGGAGCAACAGAAGGAGGCUUUCCACGAUUGGGACAAGCUUGAAUUUCUCAAGAAACCCAUCAAGCCAGUACCGGUCCCGAGUGCUGUGGAAAAACCGCUUCCUAAAGACGUUCGACAGAAAACGCUCGACAUCCUUUAUAACGAAAAUGAGCCGCAAGAUAAGACGCUCGUUUCCAAGUUCAAUAUCCCCAUCACGAUCAAGGAUAUUCAAACUCUGAAAGAUAAAAACUGGUUGAACGACGAGGUCAUCAACUUUUACGUACAGCUUGUUGCCGAGAGAUCAAAACAUGACUCAAAACUCCCUAAAGUCCACGCUUUCAAUACAUUUUUUUACCCGACACUACAAAAACGAGGAUAUGCCGGUGUUCGACGUUGGGCCAGAAAAGCUAAGGUUGUCAUCAAGGACAUGGAUUUUGUGCUCAUACCCGUGCACCUUGGAAUUCACUGGUGCAUGGCAGUCAUCAACAAAAAGGACAAACGGUUUGAGUAUUGGGACUCCUUGGGUGGCAGUCCCGGCAAAGCCUUUGAACUUUUGCGUCUGUAUUAUGCAGAAGAGACAAAAGGGGGCAUUGACUUAUCGGGCUGGACAGACCAUAUUGACUCAAACUGCCCACGUCAACAAAACGGCUACGAUUGCGGAGUUUUCGCUUGUAAAACGGCAGAGUGUGUAGCCCGUGCCGGCCCCAUUGACUUCACACAAUCAGACAUGCCCGAACUUCGUAUUCGCAUGGCUGCAAGUGUUUUGAACGCCCAUCUUUAUUGAGCUAUAAUGCGUGGUAACACGAAACAGGCUGACAAAAAACUCAUGCUACCAAACUAGCACAAACGAAAGACCAGAAGGCCUUGUUAGAUAACAAUAGAUCUUCUUGUAGACUGUUUUUGCUCUUAUGCAGUCUUUUUUUAAUAGAGCGAACUGCCAGUCUUCAUUAUCAUCACAUCAGAAAAUUAUGCGUUAAGCUGUUUAGCAUCCAGGCCCAUAGCAUUAAGAAAGAGGUUGACAUUUGAGAUUCGGACAAGCGCAAUUUCUGGAGGAGCCCUUCUGCUAGUAAUAAUGUUAUCCAAGACACGAUCUCUUGUUUCAGACACUAAAGUGAAAUGCUGAUUUGAGGAAGCAGCGGCAGCACAGGAAGCAAGAAAUUCCCAAGGAUACGAAUCAUCCGCGUAGGCACGGGCAUUGGGAGGAGGGAAAACAGAGGAAAAGUGGGUCGUAACGGCGUUAAAGAAGACAUUAAAUUGUUGAUCCCUAAAAGUAAUUAGUUUAAAGUCUUUUACGUUUUGUGUUAGUAACAUACCAAUUCGCGACAUCUGCAGGAUCGCUAGUACCAGCCUGUUUGAGAGUCUCUGCGCGACU